UUGCUAUCUGCAAUAAGGUCUAUGCUCAGCAGUGUGUGUGUGACGACGGUGGGUACGGUGUGACUCUUCAUACUGACGACACUCAGUCGAGACGUACACAAAAUCAACAACAAACUCUAGUAUACUUUUCUGAAGUGUAUGUUUGAGAAUUGUCACUAGAAAACAUCGAGGAAGAUGGGUCUUUGCAAUAUUUCUGCUAGGGUCUUAAUGAUAGCUCUGUCUCUCCUUUUCUGGGCUCUUGCAGCAGGAUGUGUGUUCAUAGCAAUCGAAUUGAUCCGCUUCAUUGGUCCUUUGACUGGUUCUGUUGUGGACAAGUUUGUGUUGUUGGUCCCAGCAGGCAUCAUGGUUGUCUUGACAAUCCUUCUUUUUGUUAUUGGAAUGACAGGGCUGUGUGGAGCAUUUCAAGAAAGCAAAUGUCUUCAUGGAAUGUUCUGCACUCUGUUGGUACUCAUCAUUGGCAUUGAGAUUGCUGGAGUGGUAUGUGGCAUCAUCUACAAGGACGAGGUGAAAACGGAUCUGGAAGACAAGUUGAAAACUGCAAUCAAUGACUAUGAUGCUAAUGCGUCCAUAGCUAAAGCUGUAGAUACUUUACAACAAACGGUUGAAUGUUGUGGUGUGAAGAGUUACAAAGACUGGCUGACUACUACAUGGGGGAAAUCCCAUCCCUUACAAGUACCUAUGAGUUGUUGUAAGAAGACUGAUGGGCCUGGAGAAUGUACUGGCUUUAUAAUCCACACAGAAAACAUCUACAUUGAGGGCUGCCAUGUUAAGCUCUAUGAAGACAUACAUCAAUAUCUGAUUCUGAUUAUUGUUGCGGCCUUGGUGUUAGCCCUUUUGCAGGUCUUUGUACUUGGUUGCGCAUGUCAUCUGCUUUGUAAAAAGAAGAGAGAGGUACCGUACCAAACACUCAACAGUGAUGACACUGGCUACAGAGCAUAAUCACCUAGACCUUGAUCACAUAAUAUUGCUGGAAAAGGAGGAUACUCAUGUGUUUGGUGUGCCUACUUUCAAAUGAAUAUACAUACCAAGUAAUGAACAACAUUGUAUGGAUAAUGCAGUAACACAAUACACAUACAUAGAAUGUUUUCAUCUUAAAGGGUUGCACACUUUGCAGCACACGUAAGAACACGUGGAUUUCCACCUUAUCAUUUAUCCUCUAACGAUAGUAGCGAAAUGACCAGAAUGCAAAACGUCAUUACACAUUAAGAUUGUUUUGCAAUUGAGACAAUUCAUGUCAAUAACAUAAUCACCAGUGUAGCUCAUAAAGUAGAAAAAAACACUAAAAUAACAAUUGACAUUUUCAUAAAGACCUAUUUUUUCUUCCUAUAACAUAGUUUGUGUUUCAUGAUGUCAAUAACCCCAUAGGUGAUGUAUAUCCCUUUCAGUGCCAAUUAAAGCAAUCGCACAACAUUGGUAAACAGUAUUGUCCAAAGGCCCACAUUUGGUGUAUCACAACUUGUAGAUUAAAUAACAAACCUGUGAAAAUUAAGGCUCAACUGGUCAUCGGAGUCUGGAGGUAAUAACGGGAAACCAACCCUUGCUUCCGCACGUUUCGUUGUGUCAUGACAUGUGUUUAAAAAAAAUCUGUUAUUCUCGAUAUCAAGAAUUGAUAAUUGUUAUGUUUUCUCAAAAAGUUUUCUCAUGGAAUUAAAUUUCAAGGGUCUUUCAGCAUUACCUUUAAGUUGUUUGUAAAUCUGUGAACUUUUAGUUGUUGUUCUGUUCAGAAAGUGUCCAAUGGCUUUACACAGAUACUUGCAACUUAUGCAAUGGUGACCAGAGAAAUUUCAUCAACAUGACUACUUGGUUACCAAGAGUAUUCUGUAAAGUAUUAGGUCACAGCGCCCUCACAAGGCAGAUUGGGGUUAGCCUAGGUCCUAGUCACAGAAUGCAACUUGUCAAGCAACCAGUGUUGACAAUGAUGAACUGACUGUUUCCUUUGGCAUACCACCUUUGAUUAAUUAAUUGCCUAAAAACAUAUAUUUGAGGUUUGGUAUUAUGACCAAUAAAUACCAAAUUAAGUAGUUUCAAUGUGAAA